AAACAAACAUCAACAAGACUUUUGAAAAUCUCACAGAAGAGAGAGAAAGUGUAGAGAGAGAAAGAGGAAGGAGAGAGAGAGAGAGAGAGAGAGAGAGAAAAUGGGAAGAGCACCAUGCUGUGACAAGUCAAAGGUGAAGAAAGGGCCAUGGUCACCUGAAGAAGAUGCAACUCUCAAGAACUACAUAGAGAAAAAUGGCACUGGUGGUAAUUGGAUUGCUCUCCCUCACAAAAUUGGGCUGAAAAGAUGUGGAAAGAGUUGCAGGCUGAGAUGGCUGAAUUAUCUCAGACCAAAUAUAAAGCAUGGCGAAUUUUCAGAAGAUGAAGAUACAAUCAUUUGCACACUCUUUGCUACAAUUGGAAGCAGAUGGUCAAUCAUAGCAGGUCAAUUACCAGGAAGAACAGACAACGAUAUUAAAAACUACUGGAACACAAAGCUGAAGAAGAAACUCAUUGCCAGCGUGGCACCACCACCUCCCAAUAAUUAUCAUCAUCAUCAAAAGAAGCAUCAUAAUCAUCAAAUCAUUACCAACUUUUCAUCACAGCCGUCAAUCAAUUCCUCCUCGUUUAUGAUCGGAUCUUCUUAUCCAUCAAUUAAUUGCACCCAAUUACCAUUUUACAAUAAAAACGACGCCGUUUUUGCAUCAAACGCUGAUGGAUUAGUGGGCCAUGUUCAAGGUAAUUACUAUCUUAAUUACAAUCAGAUUAGUGGUGGGCCCAGCUGCAGUUCAUCUGAUGGGAGCUGCAUUACGAAUAACCAGAUUAGUUGUCGUAAUGGCAAGGGAUUAGUGGAGCCUGAUUACAAUAGAUUUUUGCAGAGUUUGUUAUUAAGCAAUAAUGGGGUACUUAGUGAUGAUACUAAAUUCAUGAUUAGUGGUAGUAGUAAUUAUAUUAGUGAUGGGUGUUUUGUUGGUGAUCAGAAUCCAGUUGAUCAUAGUAUUGAGGAGAUUAAGCAGCUGAUUAGCAGCACUAAUACCAAUAUUAACAGCAGUAAUAGCCUCAACUUCUUUGUGGAUGAGAUCAAGACUGAAGAUAAACUACUCUUCGAUUACUGAAAAAACAAAUAUGGAUCCUUAUUUUAUUUUA